ACCAAUCAGAGUCAAGCCCGCCAGGUAUAAAUCCGUUUGUAACGUACGUUAUUUCGCCAUUGUCAGAUAUUUUUGACAUCGAAUCGCGAGGAUGGCUCGUACAAAGCAAACCGCUCGUAAAUCAACUGGUGGAAAGGCUCCACGCAAACAGCUCGCCACAAAGGCAGCUCGUAAGAGCGCUCCUGCCACCGGUGGAGUCAAGAAACCUCAUCGUUACAGGCCUGGAACAGUCGCUCUUCGUGAGAUCCGUCGUUACCAGAAAUCCACCGAGCUCUUGAUCCGCAAGCUGCCCUUCCAGCGUCUUGUGCGAGAAAUUGCUCAGGAUUUCAAGACCGAUUUGCGUUUCCAGAGUUCCGCUGUGAUGGCUCUUCAAGAAGCUAGCGAGGCUUACCUUGUUGGUCUGUUUGAAGACACCAACUUGUGCGCCAUCCACGCCAAGCGCGUCACCAUCNACCUUGGAUGUUGUCACGAAGGAUCUUUCGGUGACGCUUGGCGCCUCCUUUUCCUAGACCUUUGCCUCCUUUACCGCGACCAGACAUGUUGCUUGCUUAGAGUGUAA